AUGGCGUGCCAGCAGCUGCGGUCGACCAGCCUGCCCGUGAGGCCGCACGCCCUGGUGCAAGAGCUCGAGGACGACCUGCAGGGGCUCCGCUCCGGCGCGGUGGCGUCGGAGGCAUCUCCCGCGGUGCUCGCGGGGAGGCUCGGCGACGCGUACGGUCGCAUUGGGGAGCUCGUCCGGCUUCCCGCCUGCCGCGACGCGCUGUCGAGCGCCCGGUGGAGGAGCGCCGUGGAGGCGGAGCUGGACGCGUCCGUGGCGCUGCUGGACCUCUGCCAGCGCGCCAGAGACGCCGUCUCGUCCGCGAAGCAGCACGCGCGCGCGGCGCAGUGCGCGCUCCGGAGAGGGGACGCCGCGGUCGCCAAUGCGGCCAUGCGGGGGUACGUCCGGUGCCUGACGAAGGCGAGCAAGCAGGCCAGCGCCAGGAGGGCCUCGAGCAAGCGUGCACCGGUGGACGGCGAGACGCCAGCGGCGGUGAAGGUGUUGUCGGAGGCAGUGGCGGUCACCGUGGCCGUGCUGCAGUGUGUGGCGACGUCACUGUCCGCGCGAGUUGCAGACACGAGGAAGAGCAAGUGGUGUGUUGUGUCGAAACUGUUGCGUAGCGAUUGGUCACUUGGUGUAUGUGAGGAAUUGAACGGCGAUGAUGUUGUGCUGAGGACUCAGGAGAUGAUGGAGGAAUUAGAGGACGAUAUCGAGGACGUUGAGAGAGGUCUGGAGCAUCUGUUCAGGCAUAUAGUUCAGAGCAGAGUUGCCCUGCUCAAUGUGCUUACCCUGUAA